AUGAAAUCAAUCGUUAAUGGACCGAUUCCGGACGAUUUCAUGCGAGAUGUCUCUAAUCGAUUGAACACUCUUUUAUUUGAUAAGGAAAAACGAGAGCUCACUGUGUUGGAUCAACUAUUGCUUCCACUAGAGAAAAAGUAUAUUCCGGUGAGAAAUGUUGACGAAGCCUGUGCAGUGAUCAAAUCGAUGCAGGUCAGGGGCGCUCCAUUGAUAGCGGCUGUGGCGAUUCUCGGACUCUAUUUGGAAAUCAAUCAGAAAACACUGAAAGAUUCUGCAGAAUUUUUACACUUUCUUGGUGAAAAGUCCCAACAGCUGAUCGACACUCGGCCAACGGCUAUCAAUCUGCGAAAUGCUCUAAAUGAUCUCAAAGCCUGUGUUCUAGUUUCUAGCGUUGAAACAGUACAAGGAAAACUAGCAAGCUUAAACGAAAAGAUUUUGGAGAUAUAUGAUGGAGAACAAGAGGAGAAUCGGAGACUCGUUUGGAAUGGAUACCAAGAGGUAAUUUCAAAUUGCUCUCAUGGCAAAGAGAAACUCACUCUGUUGACCAUUUGCAACACGGGAAGUCUGGCAACUUGCUCAUGGGGUACUGCAUUAGGCGUGAUUGUUGCUUUACAUCAGGCCGGUCGAGUGGAAAACGUUUACGCACUUGAAACAAGACCAUACAAUCAAGGUGCUCGCUUGACCACCACCGAAUUGAAACACAAUGGAGUCCCAUUUAUGUUGAUCACUGACUCGAUGGCGGCUUGGACAAUGAAAACUACAAAGAUUGAUGCGAUAUUAGUAGGUGCUGAUCAAGUUGCUUUGAAUGGAGACACAGCGAACAAGAUUGGCACUUAUAUGUUAGCUGUUUUGGCGAAUCAUCAUAAGGUUCCAUUCUAUCCGGUUGUUCCAUACACAACCGUGAAUCGAUCUCGUGAAAAUGGUGAUUCAAUACCGAUUGAAGAGCGUCCACCAAAAGAGAUGCUUCAAGCAAACGGUGUCUUUGUGAUUCCCGAAGACACUCCUGUGUGGAAUCCGGCUUUUGAUGUAACACCGGCUGAACUUAUCACAAAAAUCAUCACCGAUUUCGGCAACUAUCCUCCAAAAGAAUUGAAAAAGGCUGUAGAAGAAUUUAGCCAAGUU